UUGGUGAGGUCUGUCAGGAGAUGGGGAGCCAAUGAUUUUCGUAUCUCCCAUUCUCUUUGUUACUUUUCUCCUUCAGAAACAUGGCAACAUUUUUGCUGCUUUGCAUUCUUGCGAGUUCUUUCCUUGCUGCUGCUUGUGCGGGUAAUUUCUAUCAGGAUGUGGACAUAACAUGGGGCAGUGGUCGCGGCCAGAUAAUGGAUGGAGGAAAUCUUCUCUCGCUUACCCUUGACAAGGACUCUGGCUCUGGUUUCCAAUCCAAUAAAGAAUAUCUCUUUGGAAGGUUUGAUGUGCAAAUGAAGCUUGUCCCUGGCAACUCGGCAGGCACCGUCACCACCUUCUAUUUGUCAUCUGAUCCGGGGCCAACACAUGACGAGAUUGAUCUCGAGUUCCUGGGGAACCUAAGUGGGUCUCCCUACACCUUGCAUACUAAUGUCUACGUCAAAGGGAAAGGGGCUAAGGAACAAGAAUUUGACCUCUGGUUUGAUCCAACAAAGGAUUUUCACACGUACUCUGUAAUUUGGAACCCUCAACGAAUCAUUAUAUUAGUAGAUUACAUUCCCAUAAGAGUGUUCGAGAAUCAAGAAUCAAUUGGAAUCCCAUUUGCCAACAGCCAACCGAUGAGGGUAUAUGCAACCAUAUGGGAUGCAGACCAAUGGGCGACUAGAGGUGGACUGGUAAAAACUGACUGGUCAAAGGCUCCUUUUACUGCCUACUACAGAAACUUUAAUGUACAGACUACCGAUUCUAAUGGAAAUAAAGCUUGGUUAACUCAAGGACUCGGCAUUAAAGAUCGAAAAUGGAUCCGAUGGGCGCAGAAAUUUCAUAUGAUUUACAACUAUUGCACUGACCCUAAGCGUCACAGUGACCGUCGUGAAUGUCGAAAAUCGAGAUUUCUAUAAAAUCUGCCGCCUUCUGUUAUGAAUUUGCAAGUCGAGGAGAAAUAGAAAAAUUGUAACUUGAAUUUUGAGUCCUGAAAAGAUUUUCCAUUCUAAUGAAAACACUCUUAUCAUUAAA